ACUUUUCACAGUUGAUCGGUUGGGCGAGCGCGUGUAACAAUUGUCCUGCGGUUGCGGGAUCCGAGAUUUAUACGAUUGCGGACAAAGUGGGCUGCCUCAGUGAUUGGCUAAAAGCGCGUCGGGAAAUUGUAAGUCGGCGAGUUGCGUCUAGUCGAUCGUUUAUAAGAAGAUAUUCAGUUAAGUGACCGCAACGGGACGUUUAACACGAACCUGAUUAUUUCCUAAAGUGUUCUAAGGUGAAGAAAGCAACCCUGAGAAAAACUAUUGUGUGAAAAGUGAAACGAGUGUGUGACUUAUUUGGGGCUUCGUGGGAAAGUUAUGCGUAGUGAAUUGGAAAAUUUUACGCAUUCCAAUCAUAUUCCACAGCAAAUUUGGACGUUCAGAUCUUAGUUUCAACCCCGGUAGACACCAGUGGGGAUGUUGCCUACUUUCUGAAAUCGACUCAACGGGUGCAUUCGGAGUCGAAAUUUAUCGUUAACGUUAAAACCCGGCGAGAGUUGACCAUUCUAAGGCAUCGACGUCAUCGAACACAAUGAAACUCGAUCGUUUCACGAUAACUCGCAUAAGCAACAGCAUUCUGGGAAGAUCGAGCAGCAGCAACAAAAAUAGCAGCAACAACAACAACAGUAAAAAUGCCGGCCAGAACGGUAAAAGUUUCGAACCGACGGCUACUUUCACCAUUCACGAGAACGGAACGGGCGCUAACCUGGGCAGUGACUCAAGCACGGUGGUGGACUUCGGCGGUCAUACCGUUUCCUCGGUCGCUUCCGAAGGCAGUGAGCGGCGCAGUAGCUUGUAUCAUCUGACGAGGGAACCAUUGCCGCGAUUAGAAUACUAUCGAACAUCGAAAAGAGGACUUAAAAGACCAUCUAUUGGUGAACUGCAUGGCGAUAAGGACAGGAAACCAGAAGCCAGCCAGGAAGACGACAAGCCAGAAGCGCAUGGCCACGGUAUCAAACUAGGAUGGAUCGAGGGCGUGCUGAUUCCCUGCCUGCUCAACAUCUGGGGCGUGAUGUUGUUCUUGCGUCUCAGCUGGGUGGUUUCACAGGCUGGCAUCAUCCAAACGUUGAUCAUCAUUGCGAUAUCGUAUUUGGUGUGUGUAAUUACUGCUCUGUCCCUAUCUGCCAUCUGCACCAACGGUCAGGUGAAAGGCGGUGGGAUAUACUAUUUGAUAUCGAGAUCGCUGGGACCGGAGUUCGGUGCUUCCGUCGGAAUAGUGUUCGCUUUUGCGAAUUCAGUCCAGGCAUCCCUGAACACGAUCGGUUUCUGCAGCUCGUUGAAUGAUUUGCUAAAAUCGUUCGGAACAAAAAUCGUGGAUGGUGGAGUUAACGAUGUGCGAAUCGUUGGCACCAUUGCAAUCAUCGUAAUGGUGAUUAUCUGCGCAGUCGGCAUGGAGUGGGAAGCAAAGGCCCAAAACUUCCUGAUCGUAACCAUUCUUAUAGCGAUAUUCAACUUUUUGAUUGGGGUCAUCGUUGGGCCGACGAAUGACGAUCAAAUUGCGAAAGGGUUUACUGGGUUUUCCUCGGAGGUAUUUCAAGAGAACCUUAAGCCAGAUUACCGGUUCAGCGAGAAUACAGAGCAGACCUUCUUCACCGUUUUCGCGAUCUUCUUCCCCAGCGUUACUGGUGUACAGGCUGGUGCGAACAUUUGCGGUGAUUUGAAGGAUCCUGCCACGGCUAUUCCAAAGGGCACAUUGCUGGCGUUGGUAAUUUCUGCUAUUUCGUAUAUUACGUUUGUAUUCUUUGCUGGAGCAGCGUCGUUGCGUGAUGCUUCCGGAAACUUGACAGAUCUUGUGAAUGGAACAUUUGCCGCAUGUGCUAACGGAAGUUGCGACUAUGGCAUUCAUAACGACUACACAUCGAUGCAACUGAUGUCCCUUUCAAGUGCCAUCAUCUACGCUGGGUGCUUUGCCGCCACGUUGAGUACGGCGCUGACUAACCUGUUAUCCGUGCCGAAGAUCAUCCAAGCCUUGGGCAUUGAUCGUAUUUAUCCUGGAUUGAUCUUCUUCUCGAAGGGCUAUGGCAAACAUGGUGAACCUUACCGUGGAUACGUACUCGUCUUCAUUGUAUCUGUGUUGUUCGUCCUCAUCGCGGACAUCAACGCCAUUGCCCCGCUAAUCUCGAAUUUCUAUCUGGCGUCUUAUGCACUCAUCAACUUCUGUACGUUCCACGCGGCCACUGUGAAAGCACUUGGAUGGCGUCCAACCUUUAGGUUCUACCAUCCUUGGCUAAGUCUCGUCGGAUCCAUACUGUGCAUAGUUAUCAUGUUCCAGCUAGAUUACACGUUCACCAUAGUCACAAUCGUGAUCAUUUUCGUGCUCUAUCUGGUAGUCGUCUACAGAAGACCAGACGUCAAUUGGGGCUCCAGUACGCAACAGCAGACGUACAAGAAUGCCCUCUCGGCUACCCAGAAACUUCAGAACAUUGGUGACCACGUCAAAAACUACCACCCUUCGGUUCUUGUCCUCGCUGGGAACCCCAUGAAUCGGCCACCACUCAUCGACUUGGCCAACCUAAUCACCAAGAGCCACUCUCUCAUGAUCGUCGGUGACAUCAUCCACGACCGACUGUCCCAUAGAAAACGAAUGGAAAUGAAUUCGGAAUGCAACAAGUUCUUGGAGAUUCGUAAAAUUCGUGGAUUCUAUCAACCGAUUGACGGUUUAUCGUUCGAAGAAGGCGUCCAUGCUUUGAUCCAAACUUCUGGUGUUGGUAAACUCUCACCCAAUAUUGUCCUCAUGGGAUACAAAUCCGAUUGGAUGACUUGUCCCGUCAAAGAUCUGCUAACCUAUUACAACGUGUUACACGAUUCCUUCGACUGUCGUAUGGCGCUGGCGAUUCUGCGGCUACCCAACGGGUUGGACUUCUCCGACCUGACCACCGAGAUUGUGACCCGAACGGUACCGAUACCCAGCACCCUCAAGGACAGAAGUGACAAUGCCAUUUCGACGAUCUCCUCCGAUGGAAUGCGAACGCCGCGGAAUCUGAUGCAUGUCGACUCCAACCUCAACUUGGAUAGCUUGGGAGGAAGCGCCAACCAGUUGCCGGGAACUCCUCAGAUGGCCCCAUCGCCCACCGUCGAAACCUCAGACAUUGCGGACGACAUCAUCUACUCAACCCGCGGUGGGUCGUGCGUUCCGAAGGAAAUCCUCGACCGAAUCGGUGUCUUCCAACGAAAGCAACCCAAGGGAACGAUCGACGUUUGGUGGCUGUACGAUGACGGUGGCCUGACCAUGCUGAUCCCGUACAUUAUCUCAAUGCGAUCCAAAUGGGCCCGGUGCAAGAUUAGGGUGUUUGCGCUCACCAAUCGCCAACUCGAGCUGGAAGUCGAAGAACGAAACAUGGCCAACCUCCUCAUGAAACUCCGAAUCGAAUACUCCUCGCUGACGAUGCUUCAGGGGGUAACGGACGCUCCCCGGCAGGAAACCGUUGACAUGCACAGCAAAUUGCUGCAGCAUUUCACCGACAACGACGGUACGCAGAUUCCUAUAAGCGAGCACGAACGGAUGGCACUGCAAGAUAAAACCCGUCGGCAGCUGCGGUUGCGCGAGAUGCUGCUGGAACACUCGAACGAGGCCAAUCUGAUAGUGAUGUCGAUGCCAAUGCCCAGAUUGGGUACCGUGUCGGCACCACUCUACAUGUCCUGGUUGGAGAUGCUAACAAAAGGAAUGCCUCCAUUUUUGCUAGUGCGAGGAAAUCAAACAUCGGUACUAACAUUCUAUUCGUAGGACGUAUAAUGGUAGGAAACAGUCGUUUACCUUAACAGUAUUAUCUCAGUGUAGAUAUAGUGAAAAUGUUAGAAAACUAGUGAUAUGCAAAAGAUUUCAUUGGUAUAUUAUCAUGCCAUGUUCAUUAUAGUGAAUACAAACACUUUGACUUUGAA